UUCAAAAGCGAGACGGAGUUGCAAGAUCACUUGUAUGCUGAAGAGCGCUGCACUCCCGGGUUGGAAACAAGAGUAGAGCAUUUCAUGGACUUUGCUAUGUUGCAAGAUAUUACAGCAAUGAUGCGUAAUUCAGCCACAAAGGUCGAGCGCUGGUUCUUUAUUUGGGAUACAUUGUUCCCAGGUGAGGCGAGGCCGGCUACGACAACCUAUGACUAUGAUCCGGUACUCAAGCAUCGUGAAGAUAUAAGGCCCCUUUUGGGCCCAUGGUCGAGAGCGGACACGCUAGGAGAAGCCUCGUCUUCAACCACAUACCCCUCCAGAAUCAGCAGAGACUCGGGAUAUGCCUCGCUGAGUAGGAAGUCUGCCGGCCUCGAGAAAAUGAGCCCCACCAAGGAAGACAACUCAGGGGCAACUCGGAACUUUGAGUCUGAGGACAAUGAGGACGAUGCACAGACUCAAUUCUCCCAAGCCUCUAGCCUUUGGCGGCAUCCAGACACGGAAGCGUAUCUAUCUGCCUUUGCGAAGGAAAUGGCUGCUUUCUUUACGCCCCGCAGCUCUGCAGCCGGUCAGAAUGAAGCUUUCAAACGACUUCCACAUCUACUCAAAGCAUUCGCUGUGAGAAUUGGACAUGAACGAGGUGACGCCAAGGGGAGGCAAGUAAUGACAACCAUCUACAAGUUUAGAAACGAAAUCAUCUCGGAACUUCGGCAACAGCUCAGCCAAUUCAAUCAGGAGGAGUUAGAAUGUCUCUCCGGUGCAGCUUCGGAGUCUGAGGAUGAAGACAUUCCGACGUCAAAGGCCCCUGGCAUGACCCUCGAAGAGAAGAUGCGUCUCUUCGACAAGAACGACACUCAUAACAAUGGUGCCAGGGAUGAUUGGUCUAGCCCGGAAGAAGCGCCGCUCUAUCAAGAUAUACUUCUCAACUCUGAAGCCUACCAGUGGCUGCGGCUUUCCGUGCAGGCACUACAGACCCUCGAGAUUCCUGGACCUGCGACUUGGGAGACUCGCAUUAGUGAGCAGGUCCUCAAUGCUCUACCACGUCCAGCUAAGCUCAGCCGCCGUCGUGUACAACAGGUUCAGCUGGAUCUCGCCAUCGAUUGGAAUCCAAUCCAGUUCUGGAAACAGCAAGCUUAUCGCGAGCCCAUCCGAACGGUGGUUGCAAAUGCCAUCACCCUCAUAGGAUUCGGCGAUUUUGUUCAAGCAAUGACAGCUCAGGAAUACCUUGAGCAGACCUGGCCUCGAACCGGAUUGGAAAUUUUAGCUGUCCUCCAAAAUGCGCUGCCUGAUUUGCACACUGCCAACCCACCGCCCAGUGCGUGUUUAUUGGAAGAAGGGAACUCAGCGACAGCGACGUUGUCAGAUGGGACAAGUCUGACAAUCAGGGUAUCGGAUUUGUCCACUCAUGCAUGUAUCGAUGGCAACGCAUUCGCGGUAGCCGAGGUAGCUGAACAGCUGGCCUGGUUAGGAGCCGCACUUCGGUCUUCUCCGCACCCUCAGCUCCCAACACACAGCGCGGCCAGGCUUGUCGACUUCAAAGUGGGCGAAGAGAAAACAGGCGAUUCCAGCGACAUUCGGGGGUCAUGCGAUGUUUCAUUCGACUUUGUGGCUCUUGAAGCUCUCGAGUCUGAGACAACCCUACCUCACGGCGGAUGCUGGCGAGGAAUGUUUAGGAACCCGGUUGUCGCCACCGGUUUUCCCAUCCGCAGUCGGAACCCUAGCAUCACAGAGAACUGCGGCAUGGAAAUGUCGCUGGGGCUCGUGGCGCUGCUGACAAACUGCCGGCAGGUGGUUCCCUUUGCUGGGACCACCUUCCUCAAAGGGUUUGCUGCGAUGCUGGCAGCGGUCAAGAUUGUCGGCGACACGGUGCUCUGGCAUCUUUGCUACAAUCCACAGGGCGGGUACAUAUCAUACGAAGACCCUCGCGUCGAUCGCUCUGGCGUGGGCGUGGACGCACCGCAGAUUCCUCUUCAAGUCAUUCGGCACAAACGAUCACCGGCUGCCAACUACGAGAUUGAGUACACUGAUCUCCCUCCGCCCAGCUCUUCAUGCGUCUUUGAGAAGGUUACCAUAGUGGGAUCGGGGGUCCCCUUUAUUACCCCCGAAGCCACCGUUUCGGUUGGCGUCAGGGACAAGCCACUCCACCUUGCAUUCGGAAGUGGCCCUAACUACAUGGGACUACUUUCUGCUCUUGAAUUCUACAACUUCGUGCUGUAUGACGCUCAAGAGAGGCGAGCCUGGCUGGUUGACGGCGUCAGCACCGUGCUGCAUCUGCUACGAGCUUAUCUGGCGUUCGUUCCCCGAUACAGUCGCGGAGCCUGCUUCUUCAAUCAAGACGUCGCAAAGCAGAUUGAAGAAGCUUGCGACCCAGCUGUGACCUAUACAGGUGCACAGGCAGCAUGGAAGGUUCUCGCCAAUGAAGACAAUCAGAAUAUUGCGCUUUACCCAAAGCAGGCGGGACGGUCGAAGGAGAAGAUAACAACCCUGAACGCACAGUCCUCGGACACUGUCAUUGAGAUAAAGGAUACAAAGAAGAACUUCACUCUAGGUGAGCGCGUGGUGCAGCUCUGCGAGACCCUAUUGCAGAUUGUGGCAUAUCACAAAGAACACCACAGUCAGUCGGGGUAUCAGUUCCGGCCUAGAAAAGGAUUGCGGAAUCAGAUCGAAGGUUUCAAAUUCUUGGACGUUGCAUUCAAACAAGACACCAUCAAUCCAAAGGUCGCUACCUUGAAAUGUAUGGGGUGGACCGACUUUGCAAACAACAUCCACGCCGUUCCUCUGUUCGGUGUCGGCUUCGGUGAGCUCUUGAGGCCAAAGAGGAGUGACGGCAACACGGUCUGCUGCAUCUCAACCGCUUCUGUCCCUAUGGGCAGCGACUUCCUCGCCGCUUAUGGAGCCGACCUCCAUCUCAUGUUGAGACUUGGCGGAUCCAAGAGCAGGAAUCCAUGGCGAAUAGCAACCGACCUCUACUGGCACGCGCCAGACGGCGAGGCGUUCAGCUCCUGCCUCUGUGACAAGGGAGCACCCGACGCAGACAACGAUCAUGCCUCACACAAGACCCGGGGGCGUAAGGGAAAGGAUGUCAUCAGGGGGCUCAUCCGCCGCGAGGCAUACAACCCGGCCGAUCGAGCACAGGUGCUCCUGCCGUCUAAAUUCAAGCUCUUGUUCCAGCUUGGACUCAAAAGCCCAACCCAUAUUGUGUCCACGGGCGCAGUGAUCUUUGGACACAGUCGGAAGUUCCCACUCCGUUGGGAUCGCAAAGGAGACAAACCACCAGAGACGGGGGAGCCAGACCACCACGACGAGGAAGACACCGUAGGGAUAGCAACCCAGAUGGGCGACAGCGGGAUCGGCACUAGUGUAGAUUUCUCUUCGGUCGGGAACAAGUCAUCUCGGAGCGGCAGCAGCCUGGGCGGCAACGCAAGCGCUUCUUCCCCCUCAGCUGCACCCAACUCGAUGUACGCGCUGGGCUGCAACCCGGCGGUCCCUGUCGAUGAGGAUUCCCGCCUGUUGAGUGCGCGCUCGGCGACUGUUGAAGGGGAUGGAUUGAUCACAUCGCAGAAGCGAUCGCUUUGUGCAUCUCAGACAGGAGAUGCGGAUGAUGAUGAUCUUGGCAACUCGCGGAAACUCCGGCGGGUCGGCCGCGGACUUGGACGAAUCGAUCCAGAGGCGCCCGAGUGCCCAUAA